AUGGUGACCAUUAUCAAUUGUCUGUGUACAAUUACUUUAACCAGUUCAUCAACAAACAAUGGUAGCAAUCGAAUUGAUCCAAUUGUACGUAACCUUAAACAUAUUGUUGAUACAGCACUUCAAGACGAUACAUCGAAUGAUAUUGAUAAUGAUUUUUUAAUUGAACAACUAAGUCAAAUACUUCAACAGGAAGAAGGCUUCAGAAUAGCCGAUCGAAAACAACGAUCAAUAUAUUCAACCGGUGACGAUGAUACAGGAAUGUUCGAUGGAUCAGGAGAUCUUGAAAGCGAAGAGCUACCACCAGUCUAUUCAAAUAUGAGUAUUGUAACAUUUACUAUGGGAACUACUACAACUGCUUUCACUAAAUACACACCUCGUGCAUAUGCUCCAUGUCAUUGUGAAAAGGUAAAAAUUUCUAUAACAAGGAAAAAAAAAGAAAUAAAACAAACUUACUUUAAGGGUGAACGCGGAGAGAAAGGUGAUGCCGGUAUAUGUCCGGCAGAUUGUGCUCUGAGAUAUAGUGUGGGGACAAAAGAUUGUCUUGGUUCACAAAUUAAUCUAGAACAUCUUGCUCAAUCAAUUCGUCAAUUAAUUAUUGAUAGCAAAAGAAUUGCUUAUCGAAAUGCUCGAGCAGUACCUUGUGUAUGUACACCAUCAUCAUCAGCACCAGUAUCUUCAACAGUAUCAUCAAUAUCUACUCCAUUUACUCUGGAUUAUGACACUUAUAUGCGAUUGAAAGGUGAGAAAGGUGAUAGAGGUAAUAAAGGUGAUAUUGGUACAUCAUGUUCAUCAACAUGUACACAAUCGGUGCAGAGCAAUGUACGUGUAUUUAAAACAUUACAACAAGCAAUCAUUGCAUCAACAACUUAUCCUGAUCAUACAUAUAUUCAUAUUGUUAAUGACUAUGGACGUUUACAAGGCGUUUAUAUCCGAGUUCAUGGUCAAUUAAUACCACUACGAUUAGAAAGCGAUAGUUCACAUUAUGUGCCAGAACAAACAUUACCACCGACGACAUUGUCUAUCCCGAAGCCGCUUCAUAUAUUUGCUAUUGGUCCUCGUGUACGUAAAAUGUGUUAUCCAGAACAAACAAAUUUAUUAUGUUCGAAAUUAUCUGAUUAUGAUGAUUUAUGUGACCGUGAAUCUAAACAAUACGGUUUAACAGGUUUUUAUCGAGCAUUUAUGUCAACAAGCACACAAUGGUUAUCGAAUUUAUUUGCUGGCAUUUGUGUCAGUGCAACAAUUGUUAAUAUGAAUGGAGAAAUUUUAUUUGAUGCAGUUGAACAUAUGUUUCAACAAAGACCACCACAAAAUGAAAUUCUUGAUGUAGAUGGAUCAAGACCUAAGUAA